AUGAACAUUCUUCAUGAAUUAAAUGAAAAACAGACAGAAGCCGUAACACACAAAAAUGGUCCACUCCUCGUUAUCGCAGGUCCCGGUACAGGGAAAACAAGAGUCAUCACACAUCGUAUCGCUUAUCUGAUUCGCGAACACGGCAUCAAAGCGGAGAGCAUCCUUGCGAUCACCUUUACCAACAAAGCUGCGCAAGAGAUGCAGGAACGCGUCAACAACGAGAUUGGCGAACCGCACAGUUCCAACAUUAAAGUCAGCACCUUCCAUGCAUUUUGCGUUAAAGUGCUCCGAAAGCACGCCCUGCGGAUCGGAUUAAGCGAAAACUUCACUAUCUUCGAUCAGGAACUCCAAGACGAGAUAUUAACAGAGAGCGUCCGAGCAUUGAACCUCAACACCGAUGACUAUCCGCCAUGGUCGCUGCGUAACAUCCUGAGUGAUGCCAAAUGUAAAUCAGAGAACCCCGUUGAUGCAGUGGACUGCCACGGACAUUCAUGA